AUGAGUUGCAGGUGGCACCACCACCACCACCACCAGCACCAGCAGCAGCACCAGCAGCAGCAGCAGCAGCAGCAGCACCAGCAGCAGCAGCAGCAGCAGCAGCAGCAGCAGCAGCAGCAGCAGCAGCAGCAGCAGCAGCAGGAUGCAUACGUGUAUGCUUCUACAACCGGGAAUGAGUUGCAGCAGCAGCAGCAGCAGCAGCAGCAGCAGCAACAGCAGCAGCAGCAGCAGCAGGCGGAAAAAGCAGCACCUGCAGCAGCGGUAACAGUAUCCCUACAACCAAAGCAAACCACACAGCAGCAGCAGCAGCAGCAGCAGCAGCAGCAAGAACACCACACAACAGCAGCAACUGCAGCAGCAGCAGCAGCAGCAGCAGCAGCAAGCACAGCAGCAGCAGCAGCAGCAGCAGCAGCAGCAGCAGCAGCAGACUUGCUGCAGCAGCAGCAGCAGCAGCAGCAGCAGCAGCAGCAGCAGAAGCAGCAGCAGCAGCAGCAGCAGCAGCAGAAGGAGCAGCAGAAGAAAUGA